CCUGGGGUGAGACAGGGGUCAACAAAAGUGAGAAGGGGAGACCAUGAUGUCCACAGAAGUGAGAAGGAGUGAAUGGGGGUGAUAAGGAGGUCUGUGGGGCACGAGGGAAGUCUGAGGCGAAACAGGGGCCUCUAUGGGCAAUAGAGGGCUCUGUGGAGAGAGAGGCUUCCGCCAGCAGUUCUCCACACAGGAGCAGACACCCCAGAUCUGUGUGGUGGGCAGUGGCCCAGCUGGCUUUUACACCGCCCAACACCUGCUAAAGCACCACUCCCGGGCCCACGUGGACAUCUACGAGAAGCAACUGGUGCCCUUUGGCCUGGUGCGCUAUGGCGUGGCGCCUGACCACCCCGAGGUGAAGAAUGUCAUCAACACUUUUACCCGGACGGCCCACUCUGACCGCUGUGCCUUCCACGGCAGCGUGGCGGUGGGCAGGGAUGUGACCGUGCAGGAGCUGCGGGACGCCUACCACGCCGUGGUGCUGAGCUACGGGGCAGACGACCAUCAGGCCCUGGAGAUCCCCGGAGAGGAGCUGCCUGGCGUGUUCUCAGCCCGGGCCUUCGUGGGCUGGUACAACGGGCUUCCUGAGAACCGGGCGCUGGCGCCGGACCUGAGCUGUGACACGGCCGUGGUUCUGGGGCAGGGGAACGUGGCUCUGGAUGUGGCCCGGAUCCUGCUGACCCCACCUGAGCACCUGGAGAAAACGGAUAUCACGGAGGCUGCCCUGGGGGCACUGAGACAGAGUCAGGUGAAGACGGUGUGGAUAGUGGGCCGACGUGGAGCCCUGCAAGUGGCCUUCACCAUUAAGGUGCUGGGGCCUGAGGGAGAGGGGCCAGGGUCCCAAGUAGAUGGUCUGCUCCUUGGGGGGUGUGGCAGGGCAGAGCUGCCUGGGGUGGAAGAGGGAGAGCCAGGCAGGGCGCACCUGGGGCCCAGUGCCUUCCGUGCUGGUGGGAGCUGGUGGUGUCUCCCGCCUGGUCUGGGCUCUGGGGUGGGCCCAAGAGUGGACAGGGCUCUGGGCCUGACUCCUCCCCCACUCCCCGCCCACACCGCCAAGGAGCUUCGGGAGAUGAUUCAGUUACCAGGAACUCGGCCCAUUUUGGAUCCUGCGGAUUUCUUGGGCCUUCAGGACAGAAUCAAGGAGGUCCCUCGCCCGAGGAAGCGGCUGAUGGAACUGCUGCUUCGAGCAGCCACGGAGAAGCCAGAGGUGGCGGAGGUUGCCCGCCGGGCAUCGGCCUCCCGCGCCUGGGGCCUCCGCUUUUUCCGAAGCCCUCAGCAGGUGCUGCCCUCGCCAGAUGGGCGGCGAGUGGCAGGCGUCCGCCUGGCAGUCACCAGACUGGAGGGUGUUGGUGAGGCCACCCGGGCGGUGCCCACUGGAGACGUGGAGGACCUCCCCUGUGGGCUGGUGCUGAGCAGCAUUGGCUAUAAGAGCCGCCCCAUCGACCCCAGUGUGCCCUUUGACCCCAAACUCGGGGUCAUCCCCAAUGUGGAGGGCCGGGUUGUGGAUGUGCCAGGCCUCUACUGCAGCGGCUGGGUGAAGCGGGGGCCUACAGGUGUCAUCACCACCACCAUGACGGACAGCUUUGUCACCGGCCAGAUUCUGCUGCAGGACCUGAAAGCGGGGCUGCUGCCGUCUGGCCCCAGGCCUGGCUAUGCGGCCGUCAAGGCCCUGCUCGGCAGCCGAGGGGUCUGGCCUGUGUCUUUCUCGGACUGGGAGAAGCUGGAUGCUGAGGAGGUGUCCCGGGGCCAGGGUGCGGGGAAGCCCAGGGAGAAGCUGCUGGAUCCUCAGGAGAUGCUGCGGCUGCUGGGACGCUGAGACCAGAUCCCAGGCAGGCACGGAGGGGAGGAGUGCUGUGCGGGGGGAGGGGUCGGGGUCAGUCUGGGCAGGACUCUGCACCACAGCUGCAUCGCCUGGCCGUCCUGGCGUGGGGCCUCGGCUGCCCCUUUUCCAGGGGCCUCUGAGCACUUCCUCGUGCCAGAAGGUCGCUCUUGCCACUGUGGGUAACUCUCAGCAAGGAGAUAACCUUAGUUACGGAUGGGUGCAGGUGCAGGCUGACCUUCCUCCCUCCUGCCUAUCUCCUGCUGGACUGUGGAGGGUCACCAGGUCGGAAAUGUGCUGGAAAUAAAACACCUGCCACCGAGG